AUGACUUCCUUGACCCAGCGCAGCUCCGGCCUGGUGCAGCGCCGUACUGAGGCCUCCCGCAGCACCGCUGCCGGCAAGGAGCGGGGGGCGGGUGGAGGCCCGGAGGAUGAAGGCCGCAGGGACGACCCCGGCGAUGAUGAGAAGGGCGAUUCCAAGGAAAUACGGCUCACUCUCAUGGAAGAGGUGCUGCUCCUGGGCCUCAAGGACCGUGAGGGUUACACAUCAUUCUGGAAUGAUUGCAUCUCCUCGGGAUUGCGCGGUUGUAUGUUAAUUGAAUUGGCAUUGCGAGGGCGUCUUCAGUUAGAGGCUUGUGGAAUGAGGCGCAAAAGUCUAUUAUCAAGAAAGGUGAUUUGCAAAUCAGAUGCUCCUACAGGGGAUGUUCUGCUUGAUGAAGCUCUUAAACACAUAAAAGAGACCCAACCUCCUGAAACAGUACAAAAUUGGAUUGAACUGCUUAGUGGUGAAACAUGGAACCCAUUGAAGUUGCACUACCAACUACGAAAUGUCCGUGAACGGUUAGCUAAAAAUCUAGUGGAAAAAGGUGUACUGACAACAGAGAAACAGAACUUCCUUCUUUUUGACAUGACUACGCACCCUCUCACCAACAACAAUAUCAAACAGCGCCUCAUCAAGAAGGUUCAAGAAGCAGUUGUUGACAAAUGGGUGAAUGACCCUCACCGCAUGGACAAGCGCUUGCUGGCACUUGUUUAUUUAGCCCAUGCUUCAGAUGUUCUGGAGAAUGCUUUUGCCCCCCUUUUAGAUGAGCAGUAUGAUUUAGCCACAAAGAGAGUGCGGCAGCUUCUGGAUUUAGACCCUGAGGCUGAAUGUAUGAAAGCCAACACAAAUGAGGUUUUGUGGGCUGUUGUAGCAGCUUUCACAAAAUAACUGUUCGGACUGAAAUUUUCUCUUUCAUGUAAACCAAUUGUUUCUCUUCUAUUAACUAUUCAUGUUUUCUGUCAUUUGUACCUUCUCACAUGAUGAAUCAGCUCUUAUUUAAUGAGAAUUAUAAGUAAGUAAGUGGUGCAUUCCCUCCUUCUCUGUGUAUCUGUAUACAGGAUUCUGCUGGUACAAGAGAC